AUGCAGCGUUGUAUUGACUUUGGCACCACCACGGGCGGGUUCGGUGGCUCGUCCCAGAUAUCCGAGGCUGAUGCGAGGCCGCUAGGGACUGAAGGCGUUGAGAGCAACAACAGCACCGGCUUCCAUGCCUAUCUUGUCAAGCGUGGCAGCCCUAGCACAAAGCCUUCUGAUGAAACGGAAUCCUCUAUCGCGCGCUAUGAUUCUACAGUAUCCCGUGGUACCAGUGGAGCCUUGUCGCGCCAAGGAACAGCGAAGCUGCUUUGGAAAUACCGUGAUGCGCCGUCCCACGGGGACAAUCGUGAAAGCGGCUAUGGCGGCUUCGGCAACGGCGGCUUCGGUCGCCCGGUUAAACCAUGCUAUCCGAAACAAGGCUACAAUCCGCCGAAAUCCAAAAGAACUGAUGACGGGAUCACGUCAGAACGGCCGUUCGUGCCUGAUACGGUCAGCCUGGACGAUCUUUUCAACCGCCUCAAGAUCGAACCUGGGAUCCGUUUCAAGGAAUUUUUUGAUUCUGAGGUGAAGAUGACUUCUUUUGAUGAACUUGGGCUGCCUAAAUCCGUGAUGGCGAACAUCACGCGGGCGAAAUACACGAAGCCUACCCCCGUCCAGCAAUAUUCAAUGGCUGUGAUUGCGAAGGGACAUGACUUGAUGGCUUGUUCACAGACAGGAUCGGGUAAAACCGCUGCUUUCCUGUUGCCGAUUAUCAAGUCGUUGAUUGAGAAGCUUGAUAUCGCACCACCCGGGGAGAUCGCCUACCCUCGUUGCGUGAUCUUGGCUCCCACGCGCGAGUUGGCCGAUCAGCUGUUCAACGAAGUCCGAAAAUUCACGGUCAAGACUCCGCUACGCUUGGAACGGAUUUACGGCGGGACGCAGACGAACUACUUUGCUGAUAAAGUCAAAGUGGGUCCAACUAUCAUUGUCUGCACACUCGGUCGACUGCUUGAAUUUUUGCGACUCAAUUAUGUGUCGCUGGAUGAGUUGCGUUUUCUCGUCAUUGAUGAGGCAGACAAAAUGCUUGAUCAGCGAGGCUUCCAUCUGGAAGUGGAGAGAGCGGAGCACGUUGAGCUGGCCGUAGAUAAAAUCGGUUCGGCCAACAAAUGUAUUAAACAGAUAAUUGUGGACAUCCCGACAAGUAAGAAACUAGUCAUGCUUCGCGGUCUACUCCUUCAAGACCAGGCAAUGCCACCUGAAGGUGGAGGCGAUUCCAUUCGUAGGACGUUGAUUUUUGUUAACACCAAGACGAUGGCGAAGAAAUUGGCAACGUUGUUAUCUGACGAUGGCUUCACUGUCGGCUCCCUCCAUGCCGAUAUUUCUCAACGUUGCCGGCAUACCACAAUCAACGCUUUUAGAAGCGGAAAGGUGCCGAUUCUAAUUGCGACAGGAGUCGCCGAGCGUGGGCUGGAUAUUAGGGGCGUCGACCAUGUUGUCAACUAUGAGCUGCCUUCCGGUCCGGCUGUCACUGCAACCGCAACUUAUGUGCAGCGAAUUGGACGGACUGGACGUGUUGGCAACAAUGGCCUGGCCACUUCGUUCUUCGACAAAGCCACUGAUAUCAGCAUUGUCGAUGACCUGAUCCAGGUGCUCGUCGAAGCACAGCAAGUUGUCCCGGAUUUUCUGGCCCGACUGAAGCGCGGAGUGCGCCCAUUUGGAGGAUUUUACCGCAGUGCAGCGACUGAAGAGACUGAUGAGGAGCUCUGG